AGAAGAAGAAGGACUAUGGCUGCGACCUUGUGCAGAGCAUGUUAGCUAUUCAAUUAGCGAGCCGAAUAAAAUGCUGUUCUACGGCACAUUCAAAGUGAAUAUUUGUUGUUUAUAGAGCUUUUUUUCUAGAUUAACAUAAUGUUGUCCCUUAUCAAGGCCGCUGUGGGCGGAUUGGCCGGUGUCUGUGGAGCCCACGGUCACAAACAAGGUUUGUUGCACAACCACUGCAGAGUCCUAUCUGCUGGGCUGCAGACAUAUGUAAUACCUCCAGAUUACAGCGAUGUGGUUCUGCCGGAAAGACCCAAACUGAAAUUUGUGAACAAGGUGCCCAAUUUUAAAAAGGCCAAGAAAGAGAUGAAGAAACUGCGGGACAUUCAAGGUCCAGCUAGGGCCGGACAUACAUUCACUAAUGGACAGUAUGCUAUUGUAGCUUUGGGAGGGGGUUACCUCCAUUGGGGUCACAUGGAGAUGAUGCGCCUGACCAUCAACCGCAAGAUGGAUCCUAAGACUACAUUUGCCCGUUGGCGCAUCAAUCCCCCAUAUAAACCUAUCACACGUAAAGGUCUGGGCCAACGCAUGGGUGGGGGUAAAGGAGCUAUUGAUCACUAUGUGACACCUGUCCGCUAUGGUCGUUUAAUUGUGGAAGUUGGAGGAAAAGUGGAGCUGGCCGAGGUUGAACCCUUCUUGAAAGAAGUUGCAAAGAAACUUCCCUUCCCUGCCAAGGUGAUGAGCAAAGAGGGUCUAGCAGCCAUGUACCAGCAGCAGGCUGACAUGGAGAACAACAACCAAAAUCCCUGGACCUUUAAGGAAAUCGCACGAGGCAACAUGCUGGGAAUCAGGAAGGUGAUUAGUCCCUUUGACCUGCACAACCAUGGACGAUUCACAGGGAAAUUCCACCUCCCAGGCAGGGUGUGACAGACCUGAAAUAAAUAAAUCAACACAGUGCAAUACUGUGAACUCUUAUUUUAUAUUUCUUUAUUGUUUUUGUACUGAAAUGUAUAAAUUACUUGUCAUAUUGAGGAGACACCAUUUCAUUCAUUUAUAAUUUCCAAUAAACUGUAUGUAUUACUGAUUCUUAUGGUGGCACAAGGAUUGUAACUAUACUGCUUUGGAAGGUUUAUCUAAGUGAAAAUAAUUCUGUAAAACAGUUUCUCUGAUUUGAUUAAAAGAAAUAAAGUCAGAGAAAAAGAGAAAUGCUGCAA